AUGUCACGCGCGAUCAAGGUCUCCCCAUCAUCAGGGAGUGGUCAGUCUACGUCCCCUGGAAAACAGUCUGGGGCAGGUAGAGAUGAUCAUGACCACCUGAUUGUCCAAAAACCGAUCGAGGACGUGCUGCGGGGCGCAUGCCAGAACGGCCGCAUAAACUUGUCCUCACGCGUACCGCCCCUGGGCUCGUUGCCCGAAGAUAUCCUAGCAUGGCUUCAAGACACUCCACCGACUUGGUACCGUGCGGACUCGGACAACAGUGCAGGUGCUUCCAAGCCAUGGUCCGAUCGGUCUGCGCUACAGAUUCUACUGCUCAGUUCGAAUGAGCUUACCUCUUUGGACGAGCGCGUGGGCCAGUUCGAAGCGCUCACGCGGCUCGAGCUGCAUAGCAACCGUCUGACAUCGCUCCCAUCCACCCUGUCCCAACUUUCGCAGCUUACGACCCUUACGCUUUCGAGAAAUGAGUUUACCCAAGUGCCUUCCUCGAUCCUGAUGCUGCCACACCUAACCAGUCUGGAUCUGAGCCACAAUCAGCUGGAGCAGUUGUGGCCUGUUCAGGAUACCGUUCUUCCAGCCCUGGAAAAGCUCGACUUGUCCAGCAACCGGCUCGCUACCAAUGCUCUUCGUCCAAUGCCUCGUGCCUUGAAAAUACUGGAUUUAAGCUACAAUGCUCUGCGAGAGCCUGUGCCGUUGCAUAUUCUCCAAGGCCUGUCGGCACUGGAAGAUCUCUCGCUUGCUCAUAAUGACCUACCAGAUUCGCUCUUUGCAUUGGAUGGUACACGACAAGCACUUCCGUUCCUGCAUACGAUGGAUGUUCGUGGGACGCAUGUGACAAGCCUAUCCGCCAUCGAAACAGCCAUGGCGUCCCCACACUCGGUGUCGGUAGCCGAGGUGAAAGACAAAAACCGGGCAUUGCCCGCUAUUCCAGCCUCGUCUUCGGCUGCGCUUGUGCAGCAUCAGAUUGUCCGUCUUUCUGCUCGCCCGUCUGCACAGGAUGUGUCGGAAGUGCGUGCAGCUCUUGCUGCGACAUGCACCCUUGCACCCUUGCUUUUGGUGUCGGAUGUCCAAGUUCGUACCGAGUCCCAUCGAAGGCGACGUGGCGGCCGCGGACGUGGUGGUGAAGAUCGCGCGCGGCAUCGUGACGAUCAUGCCAAUGAGAAUGGUGUUACGCCCAAUGCCGGUAGCGCGUUGGCCAAUGCCAAGUUGUCGACCAAAAAGAAAGAAGCUCUUGGGCAGGUACCAUGCAAAUUCUUUCGGAAUAAUGGAUGUUCUGCAGGUGAUGCCUGUCCUUUUGCGCAUACCCUUCCUGGCGAAGGACAGCCCAAAGCCGUGUGCCAAUGGUACAUCAAGGGCAGUUGCCGUUUUGGGCAUAGGUGUGCCUUGGCUCAUAUCAUGCCCGGGCAGCCGAUGAGUAUGGACCGAAAAAACAAGCGUGCUGCGCAGCAAGGCGCGUCCCAAGCAGCCAAGUCAUCUGAGGAGCCUCGGCCGUCUGAUGACAAGGCGGGCGAGAACCGCACGUCUCCGCAGCAAACGUCUUCGUCUGCGAUGUUUAUCCCGUCGCGCCCUAAAAUCUCCGACGAGAGUAUAGUCCGACCAGGCUCUGAGGGGGAGGCCAGCUCGUUGUCCCAGUCUGCAUCCCAUUCGCUUUCACAGUCCUACACCCAAUCCACUUGGGGCAGAGACGCCGCUGGGUCGGUGCCUCGUACCUAUGAACCUGCAGGCACACCGACCGCCACGACAGCGGCGAGUGCCUUUGGGACGAGUCCCUUCAGCCAACCUGGCAACCACAGCCUGUUUUUCAACCCCACUUCCUCUGAGAUACGUGCAUCCACAGUGCCAGAGACGGAUACACCCUGGGGUGGCCGUCGUAAGGUUGAGGAACCUUUGACCGACUCGGUCCACGGCGAGGAUUUCCUACCUUCCAGUCUUAGCGACUUGCUCACGCCCGCGGAACUGGAACGACGCACACGCUAUGCCCGCGAUAAUAUGCCGUCCCUGUCGUCCUCCAUCUCCUCCAAGCCGCUCAACCCGAUUUCGCAGAGUCUUCCUCAUCCACAAAGCCUGCCUGUAUCCUCGUUUGGUGUGUCGCCUUCAACGGCUCAACCUGGCCGCAUGUCGUACGGGGGAAGCUUUUCUCUGAUGAAUGCACGAACGAAUGGCCUAGGGCGGCGCACGUCUGGUGCAAACAGCGUACACGCGUCUCCCUUCAUGCCCCCGAUUCUCGACAGCGCGCUUCACUCGCCGCCGAAUCUUAGUCCCCCAGGGACCUUGUCGUCAUCGUUGGGCGGAGAGCGGAUUUCGAUGCCCUUCUAUUCCCGCCUCUCUUCAGAUGACGUCCGGCGACGAGCCCCUGCGGCCCCUGGCAGCAGUGCCUUCUUUACGUCGCAGGCCCCUCCCCCUAUUUCUCCCGCGAUUUUGCCGGCGGCGGACGUUGACGUGGACGAGGCUAUCUUCGAAUUGGAGUAA